AACACCAAGUUCGCGCCGUUGUGAUCGUUGUGAGCGAGAAAGAGAGAGCGAGUCGGUCAGGUCGGUCCACGCGUGCCUCACCCGUGUUUUGCCGUGAGCCCGUAGUAGCCCGUGUCCGCCCAAACCAUUCCCGGGGUGGUACUGUGGGGGCUUUGGCCGGUGGUGUGACAGCCCGUGUUGAGCCUUGAUCGUGGAGGCGCGGCCCUCCGACUCGAUUCAUUCCGGACUUCUUGCGGUGCGCCUUGCCGGGACCAGUUGUGAGCGCGUCCAACCCUCGAGCCCUCGAGCCCUCGAGCCACAGCAUGGGCGCUUACUUGUCGUCCCCCUUGACGGAGAAGGAGUGUGAAGAUGCCGAGAACGGACGAUUGGCCUACGGAGCGGCCGCCAUGCAAGGCUGGCGGGUCUCUCAAGAGGAUGCGCACAACACCAUCUUGGACUACGAUGACCAAGAAGCCAGUUAUUUCGCAGUUUACGACGGUCAUGGUGGUCACGAGGUCGCCCAAUAUACGGCACAACACUUGCCCGACCUUAUCAAGAACGACGCCAAAUUCAACUCGAAAGACACCAAAGAAGUGGAGGACUUGCUGAUACGUUCGUUUGUGGAUUUUGAUCGAACCAUUAUUAAGCGUGAUGUGGUGGGUCGACUCAAAGUAUUGGCCGGAUCGGACGGUAAACCCGGUGGAGCGAAUGGCGAUCGGGAACCUGACGAGGAGGAAGAUCCCAACGAAGUCAGUCAUUUGUACGAAGAAGCUACCAUGCCCUUGGAAGACGUGAUCCAUAAAUACGGCUCCGAGGAAGCUCAAGCUACCGUACUGCCCAAGAAGCAUCCCAAAAUUGAUCAAUUGGCCGGAGAGGGCGGUUCCGGUGCGAGUAAACCCAUUUCACCUUUCCUCAGAGGCAAACGAGCCCAAGCCCUGGCCAAUGGAGGCUCGAACCAAGUCAAAGAAAACUCGCACAUUCGAUUCGAUGAAAACGGAACUGCCGUCAAAGUCGAACCUUCAAACGGAACGGGUGAGCACAAAAUCAACGGAGAGACGAAGGAAUCCGAAAACGACAAGUCGGCCGUUAAGAAGGAAGAGUCUCAAACCAACGGACACGUAGACCACAACGGGGGUCCCGAGGACCAGGCCAAAGAAGAUCCAGACUCUAAAAGCGAGGAGACCUCUGUAAACACAUCAACCAAAGGCAAGGGUAAGGGCAAGGGUAAAGGCAAAGGCAAGAGUAGCCAAAUCAAGUCCAAUUCGGCCGAAGAAGAAGACACCAAGUCCGAGGAGCCCAAAGAGGAACCCGAAGCCAAAAGCCCGGCCCCGGAGGCCACAUCCAAACGGUCUCCUAAGAAAUCCGCAGCCGAGUUAUAUCAGAGUAUCAUUGGCGACGAACCAGCUGACGAUGAUGAUUCGGAAGACGAAUCCGACGAAGAUAUCAACUUCCAGGGAAAAGCAUCAUCUGAUGAUGAUGAUGAUGACGACGACGACGACGAUGAAGACGCGGAACCCGACGACGAAGCUGAAGAGAGUGACGAGGAAGAGGAAGACACGGAAGAAGAAGAGAAUGGAUCCGAAGAAUUCAUAGGCGGCGAUUUCAACGACGAACCCGGCAAUGACUCGGGUUGCACCGCUGUUGUGGCAUUACUCAAAGACCGGAAGCUGUUUGUGGCCAAUGCAGGGGAUUCACGUUGCGUGGUCUGUCGUAAUGGCAAAGCCGUGGAAAUGUCUUUUGACCAUAAGCCCGAGGACAAACCCGAACAAGACCGAAUCGUCAAGGCUGGCGGUAAAGUCACGCCGGAUGGACGAGUGAACGGAGGAUUGAAUUUAUCUCGAGCCAUCGGUGAUCACGCUUACAAAACCAACAAAUCAUUGCCCUUGGAAGAGCAAAUGAUCUCACCCGUGCCGGAUGUGAAAACCUUGGACAUUGAUCCGCAAUCCGAUUCAUUCAUGAUCUUAGCAUGUGAUGGCAUUUGGAACUCAAUGUCCAGUCAGGAAGUGGUAGACUUUGUCCAUCCAAAGCUUAUGGCCCUUAAGCCUGACGAGAAACUUUCAAGUAUUUGCGAAGAGUUAUUUGAUCACUGUCUAGCGCCGGACACGAUGGGUGAUGGGACGGGGUGUGACAACAUGACCGCUGUAAUCGUCAGAUUCAAAGAGCACCAUUUCGCGAAAGAAUCGUCAGCCGAUGCUCCCACCCUCUCUUCCGAAACGUGCUCUAAUUCGCAAAAACGACCAUUGGAAGACAGUGACGCCCCCACAGGAAAACCGGAAGAAGAGCCUCCAGCGUCCAAGAAAAGUAAGACUGAUGAAGAGGGUGAUAGCGAGCCCAAGAACGAGAAAGCCUCCGCCAAAUCAGAAGAAAAUUCAUGCUGAGUUCGCAUACAUAAUCACAUGCACACGGUUUCGUACAAUCAUGGGUCUCUCAUCCCCAUUCUUCUCGGGCUUCAUACUCAAAGAGCCAUCGGUCCCCAGAAGUUGAUGUAUUUCGCUAUGGCCUCUCGUCCCAAUCCCAAG